AUGGUUCUCUCAAAGACAGUUCUACUCCCCCUCCUCCCAUUCUUCCUUGCCGUUGAUGGCCAAUCAACCGGAAAGACGACAAGAUACUGGGAUUGCUGCAAAGCAUCUUGUGGUUGGAAAGGCAAAAUCUCACUCGCAAGCGGUGCAAAUCCGGUUGGAAGUUGCGAUGCUAGAGACAACCAUAUGUCGAACUAUGAUGCGCCUUCUGGAUGUAACAAAGGGGGUGCAUACAUGUGCUCAAACCAAAGUCCAUGGGCUGUCUCCGAGUCCCUCGCUUAUGGUUUUGCAGCGACUACUAUAGCGGGUGGGAAAGAGUCGAGUUGGUGUUGUGCUUGUUAUGAGUUGACUUUUACUUCUGGUGCUGUGCCAGGCAAGAAGAUGAUUGUGCAAACUACAAAUACGGGGGGAGAUUUGGCGGCUAAUCAGUUUGAUCUUGCUGUAUGUUUUCACAAUUGAGACACUUUUAAUUGAGGCUACUAAUAGACAACUUGCAGAUUCCAGGUGGAGGUGUCGGAAUAUUCAACGGCUGUACUGCACAAUGGGGAGCCCCAUCAACAGGCUGGGGAGCACAAUACGGCGGUAUAUCAUCUCGCUCCCAAUGCGAUUCUUUCCCGGAGAAGCUCAAGGCUGGCUGUUACUGGCGCUUCGACUGGUUCGGUGGAUCUGAUAACCCAAGUAUGACAUUCAAAGAAGUUACAUGUCCUGCUGCUUUGACUGCGAAGUCUGGCUGUGUACGACAAGGUCAAACGCCAACAGGACCAGCUACAACUUCCACUUGGACCCCGGGGUCGAACCCAACUUCUACGGUUCAAGGUGAACCGACUUCUUCCACGGGUAGUGCUCCUACUCCUGGAUCUGGGUCGGGAACUGUUGCGCAGUAUCAGCAGUGUGGAGGUACGGGAUAUAAUGGGCCUACGCAGUGUGAUUCGCCGUAUGUUUGUACUUUUUCCAGCGAGUAUUAUUCACAAUGUCUGUGAGCAAUUCUAGGGUUUAAGGUUGGGUUUCACCUGGGAGUCAAAUGCUAUUUGUAAAUUCUUCUGUUGGUUUGAUGUUUUUCGAUUCCAAAUGUAUAAAUCUUUGAUCACGG